AUGUCAGGGGCUGGAAAUUCACAAAACACUAGUAAUGCUGCUACUGCUUCUUCUAAUGUAAGCGGAAGAUCGAACUAUCCCGGUAGAAGAAAUGAUCCUGGGUGGAAACAUGGGAUAGAUGUUCUUGGAAAUGGCAAAAAAGUUCGCUGCAACUAUUGUCAUAGCGAAUUCUGGGGAGGAAUUAAUAGAUUCAAGUUACACCUUGCUUGUUAUGGAGAAGAUGCUGGGCGAUGUGUUAGUGUCCCAGAUGAUGUGAUGCAAUUGUUUAAGCAAAUUGUGUCUAAUGCUGAAGAUGCAAAAAAUAAAAAGAGGCAUUUGAUUGACAUUAGUGCAGAAAAUGAAGUGGAGGUUGAUGUUGCUAGGCAUCAAAUUCAAAGCAAAGGGAAAGGUCUUCUUAGCUUCACAUCAAAGGGAAAGAGUAGUGGAGGAGGGGUGCAACAACAUUUGAAUGAAAUGCUGAAAAAAGACUUGAAGGAGCAAGCUUAUGAUGAAAUUGCUGAAUUUUUCUACACAAGUGGUCUUUCUUUCAAUGUGGUGAAAAAUCCUGCUUUUGCAAAGAUGUUGGAGACUGUUGGGAGAUAUGGAUGUGGUUUCAAACCACCUUCUUAUAAUGAUAUUAGAGAAAAGCUUUUGAAACGAGCUGUGGCUCGAACUGAUGGAAUCAGAGAUGAGUUUAAGGAGGAAUGGAAAAAAACUGGUUGCACAAUCAUGUCUGAUGGAUGGACUGAUAGGAAGAGGCGCUCAAUUUGCAACUUCAUGGUAAACAGUCCUAAAGGUACAUUUUUUCUGUAUUCAUUGGACACUUCUGACAUUUCAAAAACCACUGAUAAGGAUUCAAAAAUGUUGGAAGAUGCUAUCAAUUAUGUUGGAGCAGAAAAUGUUGUUCAGGUGGUUACUGAUAAUGCUGCAAAUUACAAAGCAGCGGGAGAAAAGUUGAUGCAAACAAUAGAUCAUUUGUAUUGGACCCCGUAUUGGACCCCGUGUGCGGCACAUUGCAUUGACUUGAUAUAA